UUCUCCUACUAUGGAAUGCGAGCUGUGUUGGUGUUGUACUUUAAGUACUUCUUGCAGUGGGAUGAAGACUUGGCCACAUCCAUCUACCACACUUUUGUGGCUCUCUGCUACUUGACCCCUAUCCUUGGGGCCAUUGUGGCUGACUCCUGGCUGGGAAAGUUCAAGACUAUCGUCUACUUGUCCAUUGUCUAUACGAUUGGACAGGUUGCGAUGGCUGUCAGUGCAGUUCAUGACAUUACCGACUCAAACAGAGAUGGGACACCAGACAACAUGACCUUUCAUGUUGCGUUGUCCAUGGUGGGUCUCUUCCUCAUUGCUCUGGGCACUGGUGGCAUUAAACCCUGUGUGGCUGCUUUUGGUGGAGACCAAUUUAGUGAGCACCAGGAUAAGCAAAGGAGAACUUUCUUCUCUGUAUUCUACCUCUGUAUCAAUGGUGGGAGUCUCCUGUCCACCAUUAUCACUCCAAUCCUGAGAGGUCAGGAGUGCGGCAUCUACAGUCAGCAGAAAUGUUAUUCCCUGGCUUUCGGUGUCCCCGCAGCAUUAAUGGUGGUUGCACUCGUGGUGUUUAUUGUCGGGAGUGGUAUGUACUACAAAGCUGAACCCGAGGGAAACAUAAUGCUGGAUGUGUGUAAAUGUAUUGGGUUUGCCAUUAAUAACCGCUACAGGCACAGGAGCAAUCAGUACCCCAGGAGACAGCACUGGAUGGACUGGGCAGAGGAAAAAUAUGAUAAACUCCUGAUUGCUCAAAUCAAAAUGGUGCUGAAAGUCCUCUUUUUAUACAUCCCACUGCCAAUGUUCUGGACCCUAUUUGACCAAAAGGGAUCCAGAUGGACGCUGCAAGCUACCACAAUGAAUGGAUACUUUGGGAAACUUGUUAUACAGCCCGAUCAAAUGCAGAUUUUCAACCCCAUCUUGAUCCUGACUCUGGUACCUAUCAUGGACAGCGUAAUCUACCCCCUGAUUAAGAAAUGUGGCUUUAACUUUACACCACUAAAAAGAAUGACAGUGGGGAUGUUUCUGGCUGCUAUGGCUUUUGUCUGUGCUGCUUUGGUCCAAGUUGAAAUUGAUAAAACAUUGCCAGUGUUUCCAUCUGCCUCCCAGAGUCAGUUGAAAUUACUUAACAUGGGCAGCAGUGCAGUCACAGUCAAUCUGCCGGGCAACGAGUCGCUGACUCUUAAUGCAGCUCAGGCCAGUGACAAAUACUUCACAUUUGAAACAGAGCGAAUCAUUGUUUCAGUUGGCAGCCCUGGGAUGACACAAGCCAUCUUCUUGAAGAGGAAAUCCAGACAAACUCUUCUUAUUCCCUCAGUUAUUAGUGAUGAAUGGCUUCUGGACUUGACUUCCAAGCCAGGACAAGGUAACAAUGAAAUCCGAUUUGUAAAUGGAAUGAACAUGCCUGUGAACGUGACCACUUCUGCAGUGGACUUGGGACUAAUUGAGCCAUUUUAUUACUCCACUUAUUCCACAAUAAAGAAUGGAGAGACCAAAUUCUCCUUGUUGAGUGGUUCACAGUCAUGCGAAUACAUUAAGGACUUUGGAUUUGGAGGUUCAUACACUUUCUUCAUACCCAGCACUUUUGUCUUUGGACCAGAUUGUCAGGACUCUAUUACUGUGGUAGAGGACAUAGAACCCAACUCAGUUCACAUGGCCCUGCAGAUCCCACAGUACUUCUUCAUAACUGCUGGUGAAGUGAUGUUUUCAGUUACUGGUCUGGAGUUCUCUUACUCACAGGCACCUAGUAACAUGAAAGCGGUGCUGCAAGCCGGCUGGUUGUUUACAGUUGCUAUUGGUAACUUCAUAGUCCUGAUUGUGGCUGAGAUUGCAAAACUUCCCAACAAAUGGGCAGAGUACAUCCUUUUUGCGUCUCUCUUAGUUUUAGUGUGCAUCAUCUUUUCCACUAUGGCGUAUUUCUACACUUAUAUUGACCCUUCAGAAAUUGAGGACCAGUUUAGUAAAAAGGUUGAUGAAGAUGAAGAUGAUAAAGACAAGCGUGAGAAGGCAGAGAUCAAGAUGGUCAGGAGAGACUCAGCUGAAAGCUACGAUGACAGUUACAAACAAUCCAAUAUGUGA